UAAGAUCAUGUGAUGUUGUUGCUGGGGCACUAUAUCAUAUUACAGCCAGAGCUUCACAACCUUUUCUCUUUGCAGUGAAGUAGCACAGCAGCAGCAGGGCUGCAUAAUUUAUCUGUAGGCAUUUGAAAAGAGCACUUUCAGUCAUGUCACUCCCAGCUGAGCAGGGGAGAAGUGCUCCAUAUGGGAACUAUAUUUGCCACACAUUUCAGGGAGGCAGCUGGGCAGACCGGUCCCCUCUCCACGAUGCUGCCUUCCAGGGACGCCUCCUCUCUCUGAAAACCUUGAUUGCACAGGGUUUCAACGUGAACCUGCUCACCACAGACCGAGUGUCAGCUCUCCACGAGGCCUGCCUGGGUGGGCACGUGGCCUGUGCCAAGGUGCUGCUGGAAAAUGGUGCCCAGGUGAACGCAGCCACCAUCGACGGGGUGACUCCGCUGUUCAACGCCUGCUGCAGCGGCAGCGCGGCCUGUGUCAGCAUGCUGCUGGAAUUCGGGGCCAAGGCACAGCUGGGGAGCCACCUGCCCUCACCCAUCCACGAAGCAGCCAAGAGAGGUCACAGGGAGUGCAUGGAGACCCUCCUGGCCCAUGGGGUUGACAUUGACCAAGAAGACCCACAGCAUGGGAGCCCUCUCUACAUGGCCUGCACCUACCAGAGAACAGAAUGUGUCAAGAAGCUGCUGGAGCUAGGAGCCAACGUGAACGUGGGGAAGCGCCUGGACACCCCCCUGCACGCGGCAGCGAGGAAAUCCAGCGUGGAGAUAGUUGUCUUGUUGAUAGACUAUGGUGCUGACCCAAAAUGCAGAAAUGCUGACCUCAAAUGUGCCCUGGAUCUUGCCACACCCCACAGCAAAGUGGAGCAGGCGCUUCUGCUUCGGGAAGGUCCUUCUGAAAUAAGCCAGUCAUUAUGUAGGCUGUGCAUCAGAAGGCACCUGGGCCGGUCGUGCCUCUGCUCAGUCCCCAAGCUGCACCUGCCUGAGCCACUGCAGAACUUCCUCCUGCAUCGAUAGCUCUGACUGCCUUGGACUGGGACAGAAAGAGGAACAAGUGCUUGUUUACUCCAAGUUUAUAUAUCAAAGGAAAAAAAAAAUCAAAGGCAUCAUUUUCUGUCUUCUGUGGCUACCAAACACUGGCUGCUAUGUUGACAGUGGAAACUGAAACACCUUUUCACAGGCAGUGAAUGGUAUCAUGGAUACAGGUCCCUCACAAUCUGUUGCCACAUGGACUCACACCAGCCUGAGAAGUUCUGGUACACCAACCAGCUCACUUGGCACGUGUUUGUAGGUGCAAAUGCAUACGUCCACUCACCCACUUACACAGAGAUUUCCCCUGCAUUUGGGGCUGUAUGUAUUUGGGCAGUAUCUGUGCAGCUUCUUUCCUUUGUCUAUCCAAUCUCAAUGUCAAAAUCAAGGCAGUGAAUAUUUUUUCUUCCAUUAUUAUGUGAAAAUGAAAGCUUUCAGUGACGAACAUCAGACGUAUACAAUUUACUGCACAUCUUUAUCAGCUUUGAUUUGCAUCCUUUCAUCUCCUUCCUGUUGUCUACUGGAGCCCUAUCAAUUUCCAGCUGUGUCUGGCUGUCCAUCCCUGAGCCCUGAGCACAGCUACUCCCAAUGCUAACACACCUUGUCCUUGGAGGUACAAGUGAUGUUGUGAAAGCAAGUGCAGGGGUUUGGAGUGAACCCACAAAACUAUGUGAAAGUCUUAAAAACCUUUUCAUCUCUUCCAAGAAAAAUCCUUCCAAAAUUAUGUCACGUGAGAUCUGGCUGUAUUCAUUACAUGAACAUUUUUCAUGCUUAAUUCCAUGAUUAAUCCAGCUUAAUUCCAUGACAGAACUGCAAAUGUUUUUAUAGGCAUAGUAGGUAAUAUUUCAAAGUCCAUCCUUUGCAAGGUGUAAAAAAAAAACCAAAGGAAAGAGUGCUGUUUUUUUUUUUUUUGGCUUUGUAUGAUUAGACAUUUCUCAAGGUAAGUCCUGGGACUGUGGAGCUGGAGAGAGCAGGGCCACUAAAGAUGAUUGCGCAUUACCCAAAUGUUGUUCUUGUUGAAUUUUCCUCACCAGGAGCAGUUUGCAGACUUGUCUGAGGCUUUAAUUACUUCCCUAGAAGAAAGGAUUUUUUAGAGUGUUAUGAUUGUCCAUUGUGGUAUUAGUUUAAAUAAUGUGAGGAUCAGUGGCUUGGAAACAGCAGGACUGAAACAUGCACCUCUUUGAGCUGAGAAAUGUGGUGUGCAGUGACACUUGCAGUGCCACUGUACACCACAUAAAAAAGUUUUUUAAUUUUUCCUGGGGAGGUUCUUCUGGGGGACAAAACAUUUCUUCAGAGCCAAGUUUUGGUAAACUUCUGCCAUGAGACAGGCAAUGGUGUUUCACUAGUUGUAGUAAAAUGUGAAGCAGAAUUAAAAGGACUCUGUCUCCAUUUUGCUCAACUUCCAGGUCCAAGAGGCUGCAGACACAUUUUCAGGCUGUGAAAUGCACUGGUUUCUUUAUGAGUGAGGCAUACUGGCACCAAUUUUCACUGCCCAUACAUGUUAACUCAGCGGGAAUUUUCCUCCUGUGGUCUGGAUACAGGACUGGCUUGCAGCAGCAUUCAGGCUCCUGUCCCUGCUCCAGCAGCAGCAGCAGCCUCUGGUUCAAUGCUAAUAAUCCCUUAAUGUCACCAUGACAGUCUCUCUGAGGCAAAGGUCUAAUGUUUCCCAUGGCUUCUUUAUGAUUAAUUCAGCACAAGUAAGAUGAAUUGAGCUCUCAGCAGCUCAUGAGACUGGACCUUCAACAUUAUAGCCAAAAAUGGGUGCAGUUUUCAGCCUGUGUUUGCACAUAUUGAAUGUUAUCUGAUGGCAAGAGCUAUUGCCAUAAAGUUGUCAGUGACUUCACUGACCUUGUAUGGUAUAAUACAUCAUGAAUCUCAGAGAUUUGAACAAUAAAUUCUCAAGAGCCUUUGAAAAUCAAAUACUAUCAAGAAAGAAAUGUCUAUAUUAAUCUGGGUGCCAGCAGAUCCUUCUCAGUUCUAUCUUCACUGCAAAUUCACCUGCUCUGCUAAUAAAGUGGCAGUGAGAGCACUAUUUGCUCUCUAAACAGAGAGAGAGGCACAGCUGUGUGAGCUGUCAGACUUGCACUGCAAUCAGGGACAAAGGCAAUUUAUGGGAUCCAUUUCAAAAUGUGUAAUGCUGAAUUGAUUUCCUUCUGUGAUCAUCAAUGAAAGCAGUAUUUCACUUGCAUAGGAUUUUAAAUUGAAAAAAAUAUGUAUCUCCAUUACAAAAAUGCAAAAUUUACUCAGCCUCUCAGAAGGUUUUGUCUCAAGAAGCAAGAGAAGAUGCCCUAUAUUUAUUCCUGAUAUUAGCUUCCCAUCAAAAAGUCACCUUACCUUUCCUUCUUCCUGGACACUUACUUCUCUCUGAAAGUCUGUGUAUCAAAGAGUCUGAUAGCUUAAAUAAAUUUGAAGAGAAGUUUAGAAGUCCUGAGAUUAAUAAAUUUGAUUAGAAAAUUUACCUUGCUCUUACCUCAAAUUAUGAAGUUACCCAUUUAAUUCUCAUUGGCUGUGCUUUGUGUCAUAAUGCAUGGAAAUACUGAGGAAAUAGCUGGAGGAAGUAUUAAUAUUUUUUUUUUCAAAAAUGCUAUCUCAUGUGAGAAUAAGGAAAGUCUGGGACAAUUUUCUAUGAGGCUACUGAGUCUUGGUGAUUCUUCAAAAUGAGUUUGGAAAACCUCUGUCAGCUGCUUUUCUGAAGGUAGUAGAAGGAAACUAAUUUCACACGGUCUCUUUUCUUUAAAACAAGUGUUGUCUUCUCUGUCAUUCUAUGAUCAUUGACUGAAAUGAAUAGUUUGGGUAAGGUAUGGUUUGUCUGGAGACACAGUUUCCUGUGCUGGAAUCCCGCUGCUGUACAGAGCUCUCUCAGUCUCUUGCCCAAAACCUGGCUCCACAGCUUUCCCUGCAGCUUGAGAUUAAUUUUUCCCAGAGUUUUCUCUGCAAGAAUUCUGGCCAAUGGGCCAUGUCCUGGGGGACAUACAACAGUGAAUAUAAAUAGGCUGACACAUUUUGGGAGGGCUUAAUAAGCAAUAUUUUUAAAGGUAGCUAUCAAAAGAAGUUUCAUUCUGAUUUGGCUCCGAAAAGAUUUCUGUUUUGAUCUCUUGACCAGCCUGUUGGGUUCAAGGUGACCUCUGUUCCUACAAGACAACUCUGCUAUUGGCAUUUAGCCAUCCUCCAUCCUCUCUAGGACUCAACUUUUCACAGCAGAUCUGCCAGUCCCUGAAUUUCUGUCUGUCCAGUAGAAUCUGUCAUUCAAAGAGUGAAAUUAAAAAGUGUAGGGACAUGCUAGACUGUUGAAACUUGUUAUACUGUAGGAACUGAAAUUCCCCUCAUCUGCCUUGAGGUGCCAACACCCCACCUUCCCAGGCAGAUGCGGGCUGUGAGGGAGGCUGUCUGUCUGUCUGUCCACCUGUGUGCUCUCUCCUUUGGUGAUGGGCUGUGCUGCUUUGGGCAGUGGGAUGGGAGAGAUCCUCUUCUGACUCUGUCCUCCCCCAGGGAACUUGAGCCUGGCCAACUCCUCCUCAAAGAUUUCCUCCCUCCAACAUGUCAGAAAUAAAUGUUGUGUUUGCCCUGCAGUCCCCUCAGUGCCCCUCCCGGCCCUGCACUCGCUGCCAGCUCUGCAGGACAGGGACACAGGCUGGGGCUGCCCAGGACCCUUCUGUGCCAGGCCUGACCUUCCCCUGCAGCACAGCCCUGCUGCUGGCAUCUAACACCCCUCCAGGCUUUCCUGGAUUGAAAAUACUGGUGGUGUGUCCAGUAUGGCAUUAGGGCAAGUCUGAUAAGAACAAAAAUGAAAUACAUUCACUGACUGAAAAUCUGAGCUGAAAAAUCUGUCUGACCUGUAUCCUGGGGUGAUGGUUCCUGAUGCCUUUGUGUAAUUUUUUUAUCAGAAAUUACCAUUUCCCACAUGCCAAUUGCUCCUCACUGUGGUUUUUUUUUUAUGUUCUGCAUAAGAUGUAUAAUAUAUUAUUGUCAAAUACAGAUUAUUCCACACAGAA